GGGCGGGUGUAGAUGAGGGCAUUGACUGGCUGGUGGAAUGCAUCAAGAGGAACAGUGAUGUUAGACCCUCACUCAACCAUGAUGACACCUGAUUCAUUAUCUUUGUAGGUUUCCAGAGCUAUAUUUUAAGAAAGCUGCACUUGGGUUGGUAAAGGUUUUUUAUUAUGGGGAGCUUAAAAGGACAAUAGUGUGUUCUGUUAUGAGUGAAGAAAUUUUUUUUUUUUUUUUUGAGAGCAUAAUUUUAGAAUUAACAUGGAUUUAAUAAAAUGAGAAGAAAAAUUCUGUUUAUUUUGUGAUACACUCUUAAGUUUAAAUUUAGUGAAUGAAUCUUCUGCAAUAAACAUAUUGCCAUAAUUUUAUUAAUACUAUCAGUUGGUAAUAUGAGCCGUCAUCAGCAGUAUAAUAAAAUGAUGAAUAUAUUAUUUUUUUGAAAUUACCUUACAGAAAAACACACACACACCAACACACACAUACAUACAUACAUACAUACAUACAUACAUACAUACAUACAUAUAUGGAUUUAAUAAUUAUGUUAGAGGAUAUAAUUUUCUGCAUGUAUUAUACCUAAAAGUAGUAGUGGUAGUAAUUCUUUAUUUGUUCAAUAGUAAUAAUAAUAAUAAUAAUUUUGAAACUUCAAAGUAAGAAAAUUAACGUAUAUACAGUGGACCCCCGGUUUACGAUCAGCUCCCAAUGCGACCAAUUAUGUAAGUGUAUUUAUGUAAGUGCGUUUGUAUGUGUAUGUUUGGGGGUCUGAAAUGGACUAAUCUAAUUCACAAUAUUCCUUAUGGGAACAAAUUCGGUCAGUACUGGCACCUGAACAUACUUCUGGAAUGAAAUAAUAUUGUAAACCGGGGGUCCACUGUAUUAUGUGAGAGCAGUGUUAUGGAGUUUCAUGGUGAAUCAGCAUCUCGCAAGUAUUAGCAGAAAUGAUCAACAACGCUGCUAUUUUUAGUAUGCAUGAUAAUUUUACACUUUGUUAAACUUCUACUGUUAUUUGUAUGCAUAUUGUAACCUAAAAUUUCAACUAUGUCAAAAAGUUCCUCAGACUUCUAAGCUGUAACAAGUUUUCUUACAGAUAUUCUCACACCCACCCCUUGCUUACCACCUGUUCCCUGCAACCCCUUCCCUGGCACCCCUCCCCACCACCCCUUCACCACCACCUGCUCCCUGUGACCCUGUCCCCAACACCCCUUCCCAAUACCCCUUCCCUCCUCCCCUUCCCCAACACCUCUUCCCUCCCACCUUUUCCCAACCACCCAUUCCCACCACCCCUUCUCCGACAUUCUUCCCCAAACACCCCUUCCCCAGCAUCCCUUCCCCAACACCCCUUCCCCAACACCCCUUUCCCCAACACCCCUUCCCCAACACCCCUUCCCCAACACCCAACACACUUUCCCAACCAUCUUUGGAGCUCACAUGGAUCCUUGUCCUUAAUGUAAUUUUGUCCUUCUUUAUCUGAUUCUUUCACAGACAUGUCACUCUAUUAUUAGUCUCUAAUGCUUCAGCAUCACCAGAAAAGCAUUACAGAAUGAUCAAUGCAUUGUGAGAGGCUUAAGUUUUUUUUUUUUUUUUUUUUUACCCUAUGUGGGAUCUCUAUAUUACCUUACUUAAAGCUACACGUAUGACUUAAGUGUGCCAGUUGUGUCACCUUGUAAUCUCCUCUGCACCUGUGGAUUUGAAACAUGCUUGGUUUGAGGCAGAGGCAUCGCUAGGGUUGGUGUCACCCGGGGUGGAAUCUUUAGUGUCACCUGGGGUGGCAUCUUUGGUGUCACCCCAUGAAAUCCAAGGGUGGGGACAUAUGGGGAGUAAACUCCAGUUACAUCACUGCUGCAUGCCCAGUGACUAAUGUUUAGCAAUGAGAAUGUUUAAGGGCCAUAAACUGAGCUUUAUUAAUGGUAAAAUAAAUAAUCGUAGUAAUAUUGAGGAAACGAACUCAAAUACCACUUUGAGUAUAGGCAACAGAUCCUACAUUUAUUCAACUUCAACAAUGAAAAAAAAAAAACUUUAAAAAUAAAGAAAAAACACUAGUUCCGAUUUGACCUUGAGUAUAGGUAAUAUCUCAGUGAAUCUGAUAUUUCAGUUCUUUGUCUUCAAUCCUGCAAAAUCAUUUAUUAUAUCAAAAUCAAUGAUUUUUCCCUAUAUAGGCAUAUUUGCAUUCUGUAAUCCUAUAAUAGGCUAUGUAGAAACGAAGGAUUUUCUCUUACGUUGCUGCAGCAUGGUUUUGGUCAUUAGUGUUACCUUCUUUAGAGGCUCUAUGGUACCACCCCCUAAAUGGUGUCACCUGGGGUGGCCCACUCUCCCUUACAGCGCCACUAGUUUGAGGCUUAUAAUUUGUUCUGACAACUUGCUUGAUUUACAACAUGUACAAUAUAUCCUUUCUGUAUAAACUUUUCUUGGUAUACUGGCAGUUAAAUUUUACUAAUGGCUAUUGUAUAUCAGGUAUUUUAAUUUUAAGGUUUUCAUUGGACCACUAAUGUUAAUCACAUACAAAAACAUAAAUCUUCACUUCAGUAAUGUAAAACUUCUGCAUACUGACCUCGGAAAAUUUAAAACUAAUUUUAGAAGGUAGAAGACAAGCAUUGAUUAUGAAGAGUUACUCUUGGAGGUCUGUAUUUUUCUUUUUAACCCAGAAUGAAUAUAUUUUUUAAAUAUUUCACAAUAUAAUCAAAAUGAUGAUUAUGUAGUAUUUACCCACUAAUGUAAGAGGUUUCAUCCGAGGGCAUGUUAACUCUCAUUUUUUCCUUUGUUCGUGUGCGUGCCUGCAUAUGUGUGUGCGCGUGUGUGCAUGUGAGCAUGUAUACAUGCACUGCUCUAAUUCUAUUACCCAAUGCAGCCUUCAAGGGAGGUUUCUUGAUGCUGGGGAGAGACUCUUGAUCCAAGGAAGUGGACCAGUUCUCCUUUUCCAUGAAUCAAACCUGAUUGCCUCCCAUUUCCCCAGGCAUUAUAUGACCCCUAUGGGUUUAGCACUUUCUCCUAUAAUAAAAAUCUAAUGUAAAAUUUUCUUCUUCCUGGAGUUAUCUUCAUUUUGUUUUCAUUAAUUUCCUACUUGAAUUCAAUAUAAUUAGUAAGUAAUUCAGCUUGUACUGCAUACUGAAAUAACCUUAAUAAUUAUGACAGCCACUACACAUUUCUGGUAAUUGUGUUCGUGGAUGAAGUACAGUGAGAGACUGGCUAUCAGAGUUAGUAGUGAGAGACUGGCUGUCAGAACUGGUAGUGAGAGACUGGCUGUCAGAACUAGUAGUGAGAGACUGGCUGUCAGAACUUGUAGUGAGAGACUGGCUGUUGGAUCUAGUAGUGAGAAACUGGCUGUCAGAACUAGUAGUAAGAGACUGGCUGUUAGAACUAGUAGUGAGAGAUUGGCUGUUGGAACUAGUAGUGAGAAACUGGCUGUCAGAACUAGUAGUAAGAGACUGGCUGGCAGAACUAAUAAUAAUAUAAUAUCUUUAUUUCUACAAGUACAUGUACAAGGUAUACAGGCCUAGCUGACAUCGAUGACAUACUACUACAUAGAAAGCCACUUGUUAUGCAGAGCAUUUUGGGCAAAUUAAGUCAGCUUUGUCCCAGGAUGCAACACACACCAGUCGACUAACACCCAGGUACCCAUUAGUAGUGAGAGACUGGCUGUUGGAACUAGUAGUGAGAGACUGGUUGUUUGAACUUGUAAUGAGAGAUUGGCUGUCAGACCUAGUAGUGAGAGACUAGCUGCAGGUUAAGGGUACAGUACUAGGUGAGAAUAAAAUGUUAAAUAUCACUUCAAGGUAUGAUCAGAGAAAUGCUCUUAUUGAACUUUGAUUUAUUUUCCAGUGUUUCAUAAUGAUAGACCUUUAUUAGCCAUGUUUUAAAAGAUAAUCUAUAAAAAUUUGUCUGUAUUUGAUAUGGGCAUUUUUGUGUAAUGUGUGACAAAUAUACUCAUGUGUAUGUAUACAGUUAAUGUAUUUUAAAAUAUGUACACAUGGUUGAACUAAGAAUUGGUAAUAAAAAGUUUAUAAGUAAA